AACAUGUCCAAAACAUUGAUGAGAUGUUGGAAACCAGUUGAAACACAGUAAAAUUCAACUCAAUAAAAUAGGACUGCUUUCUCUUCAUCCACGUUGGAAAUUUUCAAGAAGUGAACUAUGACAAUAUACCAAUUUUUGCUACUAUUUCUACUCUGGGUAUGCCUGCCACAUUUCUGUUCUCCAGAGAUAAUGUUCAGAAGGACUCCUGUACCCCAGCAAAGAAUUUUAGGUGCACGUGUACCUAGGAGUGAUGGCAAAAUUCUGCAUCGUCAAAAACGUGGGUGGAUGUGGAAUCAAUUUUUCUUACUGGAGGAAUACACAGGAUCUGAUUACCAAUACGUGGGCAAGCUUCAUUCAGACCAAGAUAAAGGAGACGGAUCACUCAAAUAUAUUUUAUCUGGAGAUGGAGCAGGUACUCUUUUUAUUAUUGAUGAAAAAACAGGUGACAUUCAUGCCACAAGAAGAAUUGAUAGGGAAGAAAAAGCCUUUUAUACUCUGCGUGCACAAGCUAUUAACAGAAGAACUUUGAGACCAGUAGAACCAGAAUCUGAGUUUGUGAUCAAAAUCCAUGAUAUCAAUGACAAUGAGCCAACGUUCCCAGAAGAAAUUUAUACAGCGAGUGUUCCGGAAAUGUCUGUUGUAGGUACUUCCGUGGUGCAAGUCACAGCUACAGAUGCGGAUGAUCCUUCCUAUGGGAACAGCGCCAGAGUUAUUUACAGCAUACUUCAAGGGCAGCCAUAUUUCUCUGUGGAGCCUGAAACAGGUAUCAUCAGGACUGCUUUACCAAACAUGAACAGAGAAAACAGGGAGCAGUACCAAGUGGUAAUCCAGGCCAAAGAUAUGGGCGGCCAGAUGGGAGGCUUAUCAGGGACCACAACGGUGAACAUCACACUGACAGAUGUAAAUGACAACCCACCUCGCUUCCCCCAGAACACCAUCCACCUUCGAGUUCUUGAGUCCUCGCCAGUUGGCACAGCCAUUGGAAGUGUAAAAGCAACUGAUGCAGACACUGGGAAAAAUGCAGAAGUAGAAUACCGAAUUAUUGAUGGUGACGGGACUGAUAUGUUUGACAUCAUAACUGAGAAGGACACACAGGAAGGCAUUAUAACGGUGAAAAAGCCACUUGACUACGAGAGCCGAAGACUUUACACACUGAAGGUUGAAGCAGAAAAUACCCAUGUGGACCCACGUUUUUAUUACCUGGGACCAUUUAAAGAUACAACGAUUGUGAAAAUCUCCGUAGAAGAUGUGGAUGAACCUCCUGUUUUUAGCAGAUCCUCCUACCUGUUUGAAGUUCAUGAGGAUAUCGAAGUGGGCACGAUCAUUGGUACUGUAAUGGCAAGGGACCCAGAUUCCGCUUCUAGCCCCAUUAGAUUUUCCUUGGAUCGCCAUACUGACCUUGACAGGAUCUUUAACAUACAUUCUGGAAAUGGAUCCCUUUAUACUUCAAAGCCACUUGACCGUGAACUAUCUCAAUGGCACAAUCUAACUGUUAUAGCCGCUGAAAUCAACAAUCCCAAAGAGAUGACUCGUGUGGCUGUUUUUGUCAGAAUUUUGGAUGUUAAUGACAAUGCCCCACAAUUUGCAGUGUUCUAUGACACUUUUGUAUGUGAAAACGCCAGACCAGGGCAGGUGAGCAACCUUCCCAUAGUAACUAUAAGCGCAGUAGACAAAGACGACCCUUUAGGUGGACAGAAAUUUUUCUUCAGUUUAGCUGCUGUCAAUCCCAACUUCACAGUACAGGAUAAUGAAGAUAAUACUGCCAGAAUUUUAACCAGAAAAAAUGGAUUCAAUAGACAUGAAAUAAGUACCUAUCUCUUGCCCGUGGUGAUAUCAGACAACGAUUACCCAAUUCAGAGCAGCACAGGCACGCUGACCAUCCGAGUGUGUGCUUGUGACAGCCAAGGCAACAUGCAGUCCUGCAGCGCUGAAGCUCUGCUCCUCCCCGCGGGUCUCAGCACCGGGGCCCUCAUCGCCAUUCUCCUCUGCAUCAUUAUUCUGUUGGUUAUAGUAGUACUGUUUGCAGCUCUGAAAAGACAGCGAAAAAAGGAGCCUCUGAUCUUGUCUAAAGAGGACAUCAGAGACAACAUCGUGAGCUAUAACGACGAGGGUGGCGGAGAGGAGGACACCCAGGCCUUUGAUAUCGGCACCCUGAGGAAUCCUGCAGCGAUCGAGGAGAAGAAGCUUCGGCGAGACAUCAUCCCGGAGACGUUAUUCAUACCUCGCAGGACUCCCACGGCUCCGGAUAACACAGACGUCCGCGAUUUCAUUAACGAAAGGCUGAAAGAGCAUGAUCUCGACCCCACCGCGCCCCCCUACGACUCCCUGGCAACCUACGCCUACGAAGGGAACGAUUCCAUCGCGGAGUCUCUGAGCUCCUUAGAAUCGGGGACCACUGACGGAGACCAAAACUACGAUUACCUCCGAGAGUGGGGCCCCCGGUUUAACAAGCUGGCCGAAAUGUACGGUGGCGGGGACAGUGACAAAGACUCUUAACCUAGGCUAUCGAUUCCGUUCCAACAAGAGGAGGUAACUGGACGGGCACCGUCCCCCCCUUCACAAUAUUUGAUAUUCAGGAGAGUUUUCCUGCCACUCAGCACAAUUUUUUCCCAUUUACUUCUUAAUUUGUUCAUUAAUUCCAUUAAUUCUUUCCUGUAGGAUGUCUCAUGGAAUAUAUGCGAAAUUUUAUUUAAUCACUUCCAAGAGCCAAAGCUAUGGAAAUUCAGUGUUGUCCAUCUUAGAAAUAAAAGAUAAUUUCAGAAACACGAACAGGAUAGGAACCUCACAAGCCUCUUCUGUUAGAUACACGUCCUGCCCUUGCAAAUGAAGCUUUUAUAAAAAAUAAAAAAUAAAAAAAAAGGUGAAGAAAAACAUUUAAGGUAUAUCCUGUUCUGUACAUUAAAUUAAAAAAAAAAAAAGUACAUGUGGUGUUAGUAGGUGUGAUAUGCAACCUGGUAUACAAACGUUUGUGCAAUUUCAUUUCAUCAAAUUCUAUC